CACACAGCCGUAAAGCAUUGUGGGUAGGUUACCAACGUCCUUGUCCUAGCAAGCACACACCGACUGUCUUCACGUUGGGAUCCCGCAGUCCACCUCUACUCCUAUUAACACCCGUCUGUCCCGCAGUAUGAUGGCAGCCAGGUUCCUCCGUCGCUCCGCGCCCAUGCUGAGGCAGGCUCGCUGCUACGCCGAGGCUGUCUCCGGAGGCCCCCAGAUGUCCUUCACGUUCGCCUCCCCGACACAGGUGUUCUUCCAGGGGGCGAGUGUAAAGCAGGUGGAUGUGCCCACCCUGACCGGGCAGUUCGGUAUCCUCCCAGCCCACGUGCCCACCCUUCAGGUGCUCAGGCCUGGUGUCGUCACGGUCUACAGUGAUGAAGGCGUCGGUGCUAAGUACUUUGUGAGCAGCGGGUCGGUGACGGUCAACGCUGACUCCUCGGUGCAGCUGCUGGCGGAGGAGGCCGUGCCCCUCGACCAGCUGGACAUCUCAGUGGCCAAGGCCAACCUGGAGAAGGCCCAGUCCGAGAUGGCCACUGCUGUCGACGAGAUGGCCAAAGCCGCGGUGCAGAUCAGCAUAGACGCCAACGACGCCAUCGUCAAGGCCCUGGAGUAGACCAGAACCCUGGUGCAUUUUCAUGUUGGUUUAGAGAAGCUGAAGGCAGUCCAUCUUUGUUUCCCUGGCGUGUUCAUGUCGGUAACCGCAAGAUCUCGUUGCUUGCUUUGUACAGUGGAUAAAAUUACUAAUAAAUGUAUUUGGAAGAAUAUGUGAUUAUUGUCUGGUUG